GAGACUUUGGAAUUUGUACCUUGUCUUCAGGAGAAGGAAAAAAAAACAAACCGGUUGAGACUGGAUUUAAUAUGGACAAAAGACAAGAAAGAAAACUAAAGUGAAUCAGUUUCAGGAAGAAGAUGGAGAUGGAAGAAGAGGAGAACAGAGCAGAACCUCCAGGACCCAGCUGUUGGUCUAUGAAGAGUGACGUCUCCAAGGAAAGACCUCCAGACUUCAGUGAAUCUGGACCUUCAGACACAAAAGGUCAGAGCCACAGAAGGAGAGCAGAUCCUCCAGGACCCAGCUGUUGGUCUAUGAAGAGUGACGUCUCCAAGGAAAGACCUCCAGACUUCAGUGAAUCUGGACCUUCAGACACAAAGCUGCUUGCUGCCAACAAGAAGCUUCCAGAACAUCAGGAAGAGACAGCCAAUCAGAGCAGCUCAGGACCAGCAGAUGUUGGUCUGCAGGAGGUUCUAGACGAACAUCGGCUCAGUCUGAGGAGGAGAUGUGAACGUGUGACUGAAGGAAGUGAUGAACCAGGAAGUAGGACCCUCCUGAACAGGAUCUACACUGAGCUCUACAUCACAGAGGGACAGAGUGAAGAGGUUAACACCCAACAUGAGGUGAGACAGCUGGAGACCACUUCCAGGACCAAGAGGCUCCAUGAUGCUCCAAUCAGGUGCCAGGACAUCUUUAAAGCUUUUUCUGAGCAACCAGGAGCCAUCAGAGUGGUUCUGACCAAUGGCGUCGCUGGAGCUGGAAAAACCUUCUCAGUGCUGAAGUUCACUCUGGACUGGGCCGAGGGCUUGGAGAACCAGGAUGUCCAUGUGGUGCUUCUGCUUUCCUUCAGGGAGCUGAACUUGAUCAGAGAUGAGCAGCACAGUCUUCUCACGCUGCUCCGUGUUUUCUAUCCAACAUUCCAGAAGAUCCCAGCAGAGAAGCUGGCUGUCUGGAAACUUCUCUUCAUCUUUGAUGGUCUGGAUGAAAGCAGACUUUCACUGGACUUCAGCAGCAGUCAGCUGCUUUCUGAGGUCACACAGAGGUCAUCAGUCCAGGUGCUGCUGACAAGCCUCAUCAAGGGGAACCUGCUUCCCUCGGCUCUGGUCUGGAUCACCUCCAGACCUGCAGCAGCCAAUCAGAUCCCUCCUUCAUGUGUCCACAGGGUCACAGAAAUACGAGGCUUCACUGACGCCCAGAAGGAGGACUACUUCAGGAGGAGGUUCAGUGAAGAAGAGCUGUCCAGCAGAAUCAUCUCCCACAUCAAGACCUCCAGGAGCCUCCACAUCAUGUGUGGAAUCCCAGUCUUCUGCUGGAUCACUGCUACAGUUCUGGAGAACAUGUUGUCUACAGAGCAGAGAGGAGAGCUGCCCAAGACCAUGACUGACAUGUACUCACACUUCCUGCUGGUUCUGACCAAGAGGAAGAAGAACAAGUACCAUGAAGGACCUGAGACCAGUCCUCAGGAGCUGAUGGAGGCUGACAGAGAGCUUCUUCUGAAGCUGGGGAGGCUGGCGUUGGAACAUCUGGAGAAAGGAGACAUCAUGUUCUACCAAGAAGACCUGGAGCAGGCUGGUCUGGAUGUCUCAGAGGCCUCGGUGUUCUCAGGAAUUUGUACAGAGAUCUUCAGAAGAGAGUGUGUGAUGUUCCAGAAACCAGUCUACUGCUUUGUUCAUCUGAGCGUUCAGGAGUUUCUGGCUGCAGUCUACAUGUUCCACUGCUUCACCAGCAGGAACACAGAGGUGAUGGAGAACUUCCUGGGAGGAGACUACAGAGACUCACCUCUGGAGGACUUCCUGAAGAGAGUCACAGAGAAAUCCCUCAGCAGUAAAAACGGCCACCUGGACCUGUUUGUCCGCUUCCUUCAUGGCCUCUCUGUGGAGUCCAACCAGAGACUCUUAGGAGGUCUGCUGGGUCAGACACAGAUCAGUCCAGGAACCUUCCAGAGAAACAAAAAAAACCUGAUGGAGAUGAACAGUAAUGAAGUCUCUCCAGACAGAAACCUCAACAUCUUCCACUGUCUGAUGGAGAUGAAGGACCUCUCAGUUCAUCAGGAGGUGCAAAAGUUCCUGAAGUCGGAGAACAGAUCAGAGAAACUCUCAGAGAUCCAGUGUUCAGCUCUGGCCUACAUCCUGCUGAUGUCAGAGGAGGUUCUGGAGGAGUUGGACCUGAAGAAGUACAACGCAUCACCAGGGGCACGAUGGAGUAUGUUUCCAGCUGUGAGGAACUGCAGAAGGUUCAGAGCUGGUGGUUUUUAUUGUGAACUCUCGGAGAGUCACUAUGAAGUUGUGUCCUCAGCUCUGAAGGUCAGCCCAUCCCAUCUGACAGAACUGGACCUGAGUUUCAACAUCCUGUCUGAUUCUAGAGUGAAGGUUCUGAAUUCUGGACUGGAGAGUCCAAACUGUAGACUGGAGGUUCUGAGGUUGAGGAGGUGCAGGUUGUCGGAGAUCAGCUGUUCUUCUCUGGUCUCAGCUCUGAAGUCCAACCCGUCCCAUCUGACAGAACUGGACCUGAGCUGGAACAACCUGGAGGCUCCAGAUGUUAAACAGCUGUUGGAUCUAGUGGAGAGUCCAGACUACAGCCUGCAGACUCUGAGGUGGGAGGAGUCAUGAUGACCUCUGACCAGGAGAGAAGAUGAGCUGAGUCCUGAUGAUCCUCAGAGGCUGAAGCAGCAGUUUGUGCAGAAAGAGACUGACUGGAUCAUGAUGACAAAUGUUUAAAUGAGACUCUUUUUCCUCCAUUUUCUGUGAACUGAUGAUCAGUUGAUGUUAAAAGCUGUUAACAUUUAGGAGAUCUGAUGGGAAUGUUGUCUUCAUCCUGUCUGGAAUGCCGGCGCUGAAAAGAACAGGAACAGAGAUCAUCGACUAAGUGAUGUAAAAAACGGAUCCUGGACACACACACACACACACACACACACACACACACACACACACACACACACACACACACACACACACACACACACACACCAAGUGUGUUUUUGAGGCAAAGAUCAUGUUAUAUUCCAGCUAGCUCAGGCAGAAAUAGGAAAAACAGGCAGCGUAGACUCGAGUCUCAGAACACCAUCAUCCUUUAUUCUACGUAGGGAUGCACCGAUGGAUCGGCAUUUGAUCGUAAUCGGCCGAUAGCGCCCCUAUCGGUUUUGAUCGGAAUUUUCAAAAUAGAUCAAAGCAGACCGAUCAGGUAGGGUUGUCACGGUAACCAGUGUAGCGGUAAACCCCGGUAAAAAAAAAUAAAAGUUGACAAUAAUAAUAACCGUCUUGUUUUUUAAAAAACUAUAUUAUCUUGGUGGGUAUACCGUGGCUGCGGUGUAGGCGCGGUGACCCUUACCAGCCACCGUAUCAUCGGCUGAAGUUGCCGGCGGCACAUGCACGCUUUGUUUACAACAAAACUUUCUUGAAGCUAAAGCUGAAAUAAUGGUCAAAGGAGGAGACGGCAGAGCUCAGGAGGACAUUUAUUAUCCCUCAAAGAAGACAAAGUCGGAAGUACGGGCAUAUUUUAGAUAUUUGAAGAAUGCCGAGGGAGUUUAUAGAAGACGGACGGCUAUCCUGUUUGCAGCACGAGCCGAAAAAGUGUCUGUGAAAGGCAGCAACGCUUCAAAUCUCAUGACACAUCUGCGUGACCAUCACCCACAACUCUACAGUCAACGCAAGGCAAGCUAACGUUAGCGUUUUAGCUAAAAUGCGUGAUCCGAGGAUUUGGGUUGAGGGAGAAUGCAACGAGUCGCUAUAUAAAGCAGCCGCAGCGCCGCUACCUGCAUAUAAACCGUGUUGCGGACACCGCCAUGUUGAAAUGACGCUAUGCAUUACGGGGCUCUC